AUGCCAUUUUACUCGAGGAAAUCUAAUGAUAUAUUUAAAGCUCAUAGCAGAAUGUCAAACAGAGCUAUAAGAGGGAGCCGUGGCUUGGCUGGUAUUUCAAAAGGCGGUAACAAAUCCAAAAACCAAUGCCUUCGUGUAAGAGGCCGUCAUUAUAACCGUGGCUACGGGGAUAUACCAAGACAUGGGAUGGUGAUAGAUGAAGCACUGGAUAAUUUAGCUAUUAAUCAGACUAAUACUGGGUUUUUCUACAUAAUAGAGGUUGCUCCUCCCAACCAGCCGGAGACAGAUGGCUCUAGUCCAAGAUAUGAUACGGAAGAAUCACACCAUCGAAGUGAGAAUGGCAGCUCGGGGAGCCAGCGAAGUUUAGUGGCUUCUCGAAAAAGAUUUCAGCAUAGUAGGAGGCUGAGAAAAGCAGACAGAUGUUUAGUCAUCGAUGGUGUCCCGGACCUUGAAAAUGUUAGGAUGGUAUAG